ACAUUUAAAGAGGAGAGCCCAACAACAGCAAUCUGCUGAUCACAAACAUACACAACACACCAAACCAUAGCAGUAUGAGCUCAAAGGGUGGCACUGUCCUGUCCCGACGCAGCUAUCGCCUGGCAUCCGACACAGACAAACCCAAAGUCACAGGAAUUGUGAAUGAGAAGCUACUGAGCGACUAUCUGCACCAUGUGUUUCCUGCCUCCAGUAAGACGGGACCGGCAUCAGCGGCGCACAGGAAAACCCUGAUGUUCCAGGAUCUCGGAGCUCAUCUGGAGAAGCUGCUGGCUGAAGAUAAUGUCACUGAGGACAGCAGAGAUCAGAUAGAAGGCUGUCUUGGACCUUCAACUGUUGUCCUGGAUCACAGCAGUGGGUUUGAAGGGCUGUUAUUUGUUGACGAUGACCUUUUGGGGGUCAUCGGCCACAGUAACUUCAGCUCCAUCAGAGCCACCACUUGUGUUUACAAAGGGAAAUGGGUCUAUGAAGUUCUCAUCUCAUCUCAAGGCCUAAUGCAAAUCGGAUGGUGCACACUGAACUGCAGAUUCAACCAAGAGGAAGGGGUCGGGGACACGCCGGACUCGUACGCUUACGACGGAAACAGAGUUCGCAAAUGGAACGUGACGACCACCAACUACGGCAAGUCCUGGGCUGCUGGUGAUAUCGUCAGCUGUUUGAUAGAUUUGGAUGAGGGAACCAUUACGUUUUGUCUUAACGGACAGUCUCUUGGUGUUGCGUUCAGCAAUAUUAAGACGGGGCCAGGCGUCGCAUAUUUCCCUGCAAUCAGCCUUUCCUUCAAAGAGUCUGUAGCAUUCAAUUUCGGCAGCCGUCCUCUCAGGUACCCUGUGGAAGGUUACCUUCCUCUUCAAAGCCCACCAACCACUGACCUCAUCAAAGCCAACAGACUCCUGGGAUACCUCAAGACAGUCCUGUCCACCUCCAUCGACACACAGGAUGAAAAGCUUGUGGAGAGAGACAGCGGAGCCUGGCAGAUUCAAGGAGAUCCCACCAUCCUGGUCACCCUUGCACAUAUAUUCAACCACUUCGCACCUCUCAUGUGCAAAGUGUACUUAGUGGAGGAUGUGCUGAUGAACUUCCUGUUGAGUAUUUUGGAGGGGGGAGGAUCUGUCGAAGAGCAUCCUCUUAUACAACAGCUGCUGGACCUUUUCUGGCUUCUCAUGGAGGACCACGAGGUGAGCGAGUGUCUGAAGCAGCUGAUGAUGUCUCUGCUGAGAGCGUAUCGUUUCUCUCCCAUCAUCCCUGAUCUGGGCUUUCAGAUUCAUUACCUUCGUCUGACCACAGCGAUACUCCGGCAUGAGAAGUCCAGGAAGUACCUGCUCAGCAACGUCCUGUUUGACGUGCUCCGGUCUGUGGUCUUCUUCUACAUCAAGACCCCUCUGAGAGUGAAGGAGGCAGGGCUGGAGGAGCUCAUCCCGACCACCUGGUGGCCCACACGCUUCGACAAAGAGGGCAAAGAUGAGAGGGACACACGCGAGGAGACGGCCGAGGAGAGGUUGAGACGGCGAGCGUACGAGCGCGGCUGUCACAGACUGAAGAAGAGGAUUGAGGUUGUGGAGGAACUGCAGGUUCAGAUCCUGAGGUUAAUGCUGAACAACAAAGACAAGGGGAUGGGCGAAGCUUCUCGAUACAUUUUCCUGAACAAAUUCCGCAAGUUCCUUCAAGAGAACGCCAGCAAUAGAGGGAACCCCACAGUGUUGUGUCCUCCUGAAUACAUGGUGUGUUUCAUACACCGGCUCAUCACGGCCAUCAGGAGCUACUGGGAUGAAGGCAAGAGAAAAAGCCCAGGAUCCAUCAGCAGUGAAGAUGCGUACGUCCCCCCUCAGCUCUUCUACAACGGGAAGGUGGAUUACUUUGACCUGCAGCGUUUAGGAGGACUUCUCUCGCAUCUGAAGAAAACGCUCAAAGUCGAGGGAAGCCAUGGUAACGAUGGGCUGUUGCUGGGGCGACCGUUUGAAGAGCCGGACCAGCCAAUCACAGAGAAGUCGCUGCUGGAGAUUCUGGACGGGGUUGUGAUGAUGUACAAUCUGAGCGUUCAUCAGCAGCUCGGCAAGAUGGUGGUUGUAUCGGAUGAUGUUCACGAGUACGCCGUCGCCCUAAAAGACACGGACGAGAAGAUCGCCCGAUGCCCGAGCAGAAGGCCGGAUAUUUUAGAAGAGUUGCAGAAGACCCAAAAAGUGUUUGCUGAAAAGCUGAACCACCUGAGUCGUAGGCUGGCCUGGAUCAAUGCCACCAUCUACUCCAAGGAGAAGAUGCUGGAUGUGUACUGGCUCCUGCAGGUGUGUAUCCGCACCAUCGAGCAUGCGGACAGCACAGGCUCCCUGUUCGCAUUCAUGCCCGAAUUCUACCUCAACGUGGCCAUGAACAGCUACAGCGCCCUCAAAAACUACUUCAGCCCCUCCAACUGCAUGGAGGAGCUUCCAGGUUACGAGGACACACUCGCUCAGCUCGCAGCCAUUCUCGCCAAACACUUUGCUGAUCCGCGCAUCGUUGGCACCGAUAUCAAAGAUUCACUGAUGCAGGCUUUAGCCAGUUACGUGUGUUACCCACAAUCCCUGCAUGCCGUCGAGAGGAUCCCAGAAGAACAGCGGAUGGCUAUGAUGAGGAACUUACUGGCUCCAUAUGAACAGAGACCUUGGGCUCAAACUAACUGGAUCCUGGUUCGGCUUUGGAGGGGUUGUGGCUUUGGCUACAGGUACACACGUCUGCCUCAUCUGCUGAAGACCAAACCGGAGGACGCAAACCUGCCCAGCCUGCAAAAGCCCUGUCCAUCACUACUGCUGCAGAGACAUAUGGCUGAACUCCUUAGUCAAGAUAAAGACAUGGCUGCCAGUUUCCUCAAUAGCGUCUUAAACCAGCUCAAUUGGGCCUUCUCCGAAUUCAUCGGCAUGAUACAGGAGAUCCAACAGGCAGCUGAGCGGCCUGAGAGGAAUUUCGUGGACACGCGGCAGUUAAAAGUGUGCGCGACCUGUUUUGACCUGUCUGUCAGUCUGUUACGGGUCCUGGAGAUGACCAUCACUCUAGUGCCGGAAAUAUUCCUGGACUGGACCCGCCCCUCCGCCGAGCUGCUGCUACGCCGAUUGGCUCAGCUCCUGAACCAGGUGUUAAAUCGAGUCACGGCAGAAAGAAACCUCUUUGACAGGGUGGUCAACUUGCGCCUCCCAGGCCUGGAGAGUGUCGAUCACUACCCCAUCCUAGUGGCUGUUACAGGGAUAUUGGUGCGCAUUCUGGUCGACUCCGAUAAACAAGGGACCUCAAGGGCUGCAUCUGUGCUGCUGUCGGAUCCUUGCUUCCAGCUUCGCUCCAUCCAGUACCUGCUCGGAGAAGGAGAUGCCGGAGAUGCCGGAGCCGCCAGUGCCGACCGCAAACACUUCUCUCUGCACACAUAUACGGACUACAUCAGCACGGAGGAAGAGCAGAAGGUAGAACAGAUGCUAACUUUCCUGACGGAGGAGUCCAAGCAGGCAGCUGCCAGCACAGCGCCGACCAGCGAGGACGAUCUCUGCCCGAUCUGCUAUGCACACUCCAUAUCAGCCAUCUUCAAGCCCUGCUCCCACAAAUCCUGCAAGGCCUGUAUCAAUCAGCACUUAAUGAAUAACAAGGACUGCUUCUUCUGCAAGGCCACUAUCACUGGAGUGGAUGAUUACACCAAACCAGCCAGCUCUUAGUGUGCCCUUUACACACACACACACACACACACAUUUGGUGUUCAAAAUUCCACAUUAUGUACACUUUCCCCAAAGACUUCACUU